AGGGUGAGUAAUUAAUGACUGAAUUUGCAUUUUUGGGUGAACUAUUCCUUUAAGACCAAGGCUUCACUCUCUCUCCUUGUCUCUGUGUGGUUGACCUUACCAUGGAGCUUGCAGCUUUGUCCUUGAAACAAAGAACAUCCCAAAAUUAGAUGCUGAGCCUCCUCAUUCAUAGACCCACAUGCACACACGCUUGCACAGAAGGACAGCAUGGCCUUUCGUAAGUGUGUGCAGGUCCUGCUCCGUUCCAGCUUGGCUCCAUUGUGCCACCCAGGAUCCACGAGGACCCAUCCAAGAUUUCUUCACACAGUUCCCAGACUCUGCAGUCAAUCCCAGCCAAAUGGUUCCUCAGGCUCUAAAGUGCUGGUGCACAUUAUAAAUCAGUCGGGGGUAAAGAGCAGCGUGUUUGUCACAGAGGGAGAGACUCUUCUAGACGUUGUCAUCAAGAAGAAUCUUGACAUCAGUGGCUUUGGAGCAUGCGAGGGCACUCUAGCCUGUUCCACCUGUCACCUGAUAUUUGAGGAGAGUGUGUAUGACAAACUGGAGCCAAUGGUGGAUGAAGAGGUUGACAUGCUGGAUUUGGCUUACGGACUCACCAAGACGAGACUCAGGUGUUCACAAGGACAUUAUACAUAUAUAUGUAACUGUCCUUGUUGUGAAGACCAUGCAAUGGAUGUUUUAGUCAAAUGAUCUCGUUUGGGUUGUCAGGUGACUGUGGAGCGCUGGAUGGACGGAAUGACAGUUCACGUUCCUCAAGAGAUCAACGAUCAGCGAGGAAAACAAGAGGCAGUGAGCAGCAAAUGAUACACAAGCAGUCACAUGUACGAUUUCCAUGUUAACUUAACAUGGAACAUGGUACUUUGAAAUUACACAAAAUAAUAAAAUGAAUGUGACCCACUA